AUGGCGACCAUUAAUCAGUCAGGACAGGAUGGCGGCGAUGAUGGGACCCAUCUUCUAUCAGCUCAGGAUGGCAGCCAUUAUGGAACCCCUCAUUUGGCAGCUCAGGAUGGCGGCCAUGUUGGGACCCCUCAUCUAUCAGCUCAAGAUGGCGGCCAAGUUAUCGCUCCUAGUAUCUCCCAGUGUGCCAUUCAGGGCGGCAUCGACAUCAGCAUCACCUCACAACCAACUGUGAACACGACAUCAAACACUUCACCUUCAGGUCUCAAUGGUCCUACAAUCUACAAUAACAACAGCCAGAUUCAGUCCUGGUGCCACACGUGCCAACAGCUGGUCUACACCAUGGUGGAGUACAGGACUGGAAGUUUUGCGGUGGUAGUGUGUCUGGGCUUGUUCUUGUUGUGUGAAAGCUCCGGUGACCCGACCACGACUGACAACCCCAUCGAUGAGGAUGAUGUGGAUAUAAGCGACAAUGAGGAAGAUGAGGAGGGGGAGGAGGACGACGAGGACGAAGAUCGUGAUCAUGACGACCACCUGAUCUACCUGGAGGAGGUGUUGAGGCGUAUCCAUGGCGAGUACUACUCUCGCUACGACGCCUACCUGGGCCACAACGGAGCAGGCGCAACAGAUAACAGCAGGCAGCUAACUCUCACCCAGUGUUAUGUAAACCAAGCAUUGUGA